AUGAAAACCCAUACUGAACACAUCAACCAGCAGAAAGGCAACCCAGCGUUCAACCUGAGCCCAGAGAACGGGCACACAAAUGGAAGCGUUCCACACGGCGACGAGUGCUUCCCUGAAGUCGUAAUUGAUACGUCACCACAGGUCAUCCCGAAUCUCGAGGCUGAUUAUAAGGUGAACCAUCUCGAGGAGCGCGAACCCAAGUACCAUGCUAUAUACGACGAUGAACUUAAGGAGGUCGUCCCCGUUGAGCAUGAGGUGCAAGAACAAUAUCCACAGACAGCGAUCAAUUUCGAGAGGUCCGUUCUGUGGGAAUCUGCACCGGGUAGGGAGCAGGCGUCGGGCGCGGAGGAGCGACCGGCGAGGGAGGGCAAAGUAUGGGGGUUGACGCGCAAGAGGAUUUUCAUCGUCCUGGCGGCAUUUCUCGUUAUUAUCGCAGCUGCAGUUGGAGGUGGAGUUGGUGGACGUAUGGCGUCUUCGAAAUCAAACAGCCCCGCUCCUAUCACGACGAGGUCGGAGUCGUCGAGCAGCCCCUCCACCAGUACCCCACCAACGUCGAUAACCUCCCAGGCAUUCACCAGCAGCGCCUCCACAACGACAUCCGUCUCCUCGACAGCGACAUUCCUCAAUAACCAGACCGCGAAGGUCAACACCUUCGCCUUCCAGGGUUUCUCCGAGACUGGCUACCUAGGGAACGCAACGGCCGUCGUUGGCGACGAGGGUGGCACGAAUUUCACUUUCAAUAUCAGCAGCUACGUUUGGCUACCGAAUACAACUUCAUGUUGCCUGUCCUUCUGCGAGAAUGCGACGAAAGAGGGGCUUAUUGGUUGGUGGUGCGAUCCACGCUACCAGAAAGACUCUUCAGCCUCCUUUCCGAGAAUUUUUGUGUGGUGUGGCUUGGAGAGAAUGGAUGAGAACGCGAAGUGUGUGUAA